AUGAAAGAGACGCCAAAGAAGGACAUUCCCGGUUCCCCAAAAAUCCCAUGGAACUCAUCUUCUCGAAAAGGGACCUCCUCCUCUUCGUCCAUUUCAAAGAAAACCAACCCCGCACUGAACACGUCUGACGCUGACUCUAGACGCCACCGAGAACUGCGUAAUCUUUUAUCAGAUGCAACCUCUGGGCCCCAGCGAAAACGGCGCUUGUACAAAGAAGAAAUAAUUGGACCGAUGAGCUAUGAGAGUGAAAUUGUGCGAACACGAGCGACAACAACAGUGCGACCAAAGGACGAUGUGUUCAUCUCUCUCUCUCUCACUCACUCUCUUUCAAUUUCUCUUUUUUCAGUUUUCCUCUUUUUUAAUUACUUUCUUUCUUACUAUAUCUUCUUUUCAGUUUAUCUCUCUUUCAAUUACUCUCUUUCUCUCUCUUACUUUAUCUUCCUUUCAGUUCCUCUCUCUUUCAAUAAGUGUCUCUCUUACUUUAUCUUUCAGUUUCUCUCUCUUUUAAUUACUUUCUCUUACUUUAUCUUCCUUUCUGUUUAUCUCUCUUUUAAUUACUUUCUCUCUCUCUCUCUCUCUCUCUCUCUCUCUCUGUAUCUUACUUUCGUUUCCUUUCAGUUUCUCUCUCUUUCUAACUUUAUCUUCUUUUCAAUUUCUCUCUCUUUCAAUAUAUCUUUCUUUCAGCCAUUUUUCUCUCUUUCAGUUUUUUCAUUUCAGACUCUCUCUCUCUCUCUCUCUCUCUCUCUCUCUCUAUAUAUAUAUAUAUAUAUAUAUAUAUAUAUAUAUAUAUAUAUAACCCCGCUUUCAUACUUCUCUUUAAUUCAAUGUCUCUCUUUCACUCUAUCAUUCUGUCAUUUUCUCUCUCUCUCUCUCUCUUCCAGUCUCUUUUUCAAUUUUGCUUUUAUCAAUAUCUAUUCGUUUCCAUUUGUUUACCUCUCUUUCUCUUCCUUUCAGUUUUUUUCUCUCUCUAAAUUCCUCUUUCUUUUAAAGUCUCUCUUCCACUUUAACUUUCUGUCAAUAUCUCUCUUUUUCAAUUUCUUUCUUACAGUCCCCCGCUUUCCUUUAUUUCUUUCCCUCUCUUUCUCUUCCUUCCAGUCUCUCUCUCUCUCUCUCUCUCAUUCUCUCUUUCCUCUAGUGUCUCUCUCUUUCUUUCAGUCUCUCUCUCUUUCAAUUUCUCUCUUUUCCAGUCACUCUCUUUUUCAAUUUCUCUUUCUUCCAGUUUCUCUCUUUCCUCUAGUGUCUCUCUCUUUCUUCCAGUUUCUCUUUUACUCUCUCAAUUUCUCUUUCUUCCAGUCUCUCUCUGUCUCGCAAUUUCUCUUUCUUCCAGUUUCUCUAUCUUUUUCAUUUUCUCUUUCUUUCUGUCUCUCUCUCUCUCUCUCUCUCUUUCAUUUUCUCUUUCUUCCAGUUUCUCUCUCAAUUUCUCUUUCUUCCAGUCUCUCUCUCUUUUUCAUUUUCUCGUUCUUCCACUCUCUCUCUCUCUUUCAUUUUCUCUUUCUUCAAGUUUCUCUCUCAAUUUCUCUUUCUUCUAGUCUCUCUCUCUCUCUCUCUUUCAAUUUCCCUUUCUUUUAUCUCUCUCUCAAUUUCUCUCUCUUCCAGUCUCUCUCUCUUUUUCAUUUUCUCGUUCUUCCACUCUCUCUCUCUCUCUUUCAUUUUCUCUUUCUUCCAGUUUCUCUCUCAAUUUCUCUUCUUCUAGUCUCUCUCUCUCUCUCUCUUUCAAUUUCCCUUUCUUUUAGUUUCUUACUCUCUCUCUCUCUCUCUCUCGCUUUCAAUUUCUCUUUCUUCCAGCUUCUCUUUCUCUCAAUUUUAUUCUCUUCCUGUUUCUCCCUUUCAUUUUCUCUCUCUUUCAGUCUCUCUUUUUCGUUUUCUCUCUCUUUCAGUCUCUCCCUUUCAUUUUCUCUCUCUUUCAGUCUCUCUCUUUCGUUUGCCCUUUCUUCCGUCUCCUCCUUUACUUUAUCUCUUUUACUUUUAUCAGUUUCUCUCUUUUUCUAUGUUCUCUUUUUUAAUUUUUUCUUUCGCCUUCUCGGGUGUUUCAAAACAAUUUCACUCGACCGAUAUUCCUGCUUUCCCCAGGUUACCUAUACGGCCAUUGUUUUUAAUAAAACUCUUCAAUUAUUCCUUGAUGAAUAA